AUGACUGCCAUCCAACCUACAAUAGAAGCAAGAAUCACACAAACAUCUACAAUGAACAUUGCUACAAGCUUGCUUAAGCGUAGCAAUUUGGGCAACCCCGACAAAUACCCCCUCUAUAUCUUCCUCAUCAUCGCCGGCUGCAUUGUAGGAGGACUUAUCGGGUUCAGUGUAUACACCAUGUACCACGGUCUUGACGACUCAGGGAACACGAAUGACGUGCCCUACGAGCAACGAAAAUACAUGCGCGAGACCAGGCAGCGGUAUUUGAACAUAUUGGCUGUUGAGUCGAGGAGACCUGACAUGAUCAUUCCUAUCAGAGAAGUGAAUGCUUGA